CUUUUUCUGUUUCUUCGCCACCAAAGCUUGACUCGGUUCUACGGCCCAAACCAAUCCCUAUCCGCGCUCUCCUCUCCCCCUUCCCUUCAGAAUCUCUCUUCUUCUUCUUCUUCUUCGUCGUCGCCGUCGACCUUGCUAUCGCACGGCUGAUCGCUUUGGGGGGAGCUCCAAUGACGGAUCCGGAUUCCGCAAAGAGUAACCAUUUGCCCCCAAACCUUGUAGCCAACCUCCAGAGCGUCCUCAUCGGAAGAAGGGCUGCUGGAGGAGGCGACGCUGAUUCCAAGCCUGCGGCGGAGGAGGAUCCCCAAAUCGCCUCCUCUGCCGACGCGUCCCAAGCCGAGGAGGCGGCCGUUGACGAUGGGUUGAAGAAGCCCAUCGUUCUCGUGACCAAUGCUGACGGGAUCGGCUCCCCUGGCAUCACAUUUCUCGUGGAAGCCCUAGUGAGCGAGGGGCAGUGCGCGGUCCACGUCUGUGCUCCCGAUUCGGACAAGUCUCUAUCCAGUCAUGCAAUUACCCUUUAUCAAACAGUUGCAGCAGCAUCUGCCGAGAUUAAAGGUGCCUCAGCCUUUGAGAUUACAGGUACUCCUGCUGAUUGCGUCUCUUUAGCUUUAUCUGGUGCACUAUACUCAUGGUCGAAGCCUGCACUGGUUAUUAGUGGAAUUAACAAGGGAUCAAAUUGUGGUUAUCAUUGCUUUUAUUCAGGCGCUGUUGCCAGCGCUAGAGAGGCUCUGUUAAGUGGAGUGCCUUCUCUUGUAUUUUCCUUAGAUUGGAAGAAGGAUGAGAGUAAAGAAACUGAUUUCAAGGAUGCUGCUGAUGCUUGUUUGCCACUGAUCAAUGCAGCCCUGAGGGACAUUAAUAAAGGCAUUUUCCCAAAAAGUUGUCUGCUUAACAUAGAAAUACCCACUAGUCCAUCUGCCAACAAGGGCUUUAAACUAACCAGGCAGAGCCUCUGGAAAUACGCUCCAAGCUGGCAAGGCGUCUCAGCAAAUAGGCAACCUGGGCAGUUCAUGUCUAUGCAUCAAAGUCUUGGUAUCCAGCUUGCGCAGCUCGGCCGAGAUGCCUCUGCUGCUGGAGCGGCACGUCGCAUUGGUACUCAAAGGAAACUUGUAGAAGUAGAAUCAGUUGCAACUACUGGAAAAACUGAGCAGAAAGAAGUGGUGAAGAAGUACUUCCGGCUAGAGUUUGUUGAUAAGGAGCAAGAAGCCAAGGACGAAGAUUACGAUUUUAGAGCCCUGGAGAACGGAUAUAUCGCAGUUACUCCCAUAUCUUUAGAAUUGCAAAUGGAAUCUGAGAUCCAAGCAUCUGCUUCUAACUGGUUCGCAACAGCUCUAGAAAGAGGUGAAGAGGCUACUGAGGCCGAUGCUUAGCUUCUGACUCGUCUACUGUUUUUUUGAUGGAAAGUUUUGUGUUAGUUCCAGUUUGUGCUGGCUCUUGAACAUUCAAUUGUGCUCGUCCAUUGCUUGUUGUUGUUGUGUUUGGAAAAACCCGUGCCUGACCCACCCAUUCUAUUAUUAGCAAUAGUGGUGUCCGCGACAUGUGGUGCAGUAUUCGCCACUUUCUUGAUUCCGGUUUCCUUGUUGAGAUAGUGGCGGCUGAUUUGUAGUUGAAUCGUGUCUGAGUUGAUUUGUCUAGAUUGGAGAAUGACAUAUUUAUUGGAUUUGCUCUCACUAUUGAUUUGAAUUAAUGGCCAUUUUAUUUGUUUUAUUA